ACAAGGAGACGCAAGCUGAACCUGCAGUCUCGUAACAGUAAUUAUGCUUCGCGCACCUGCUCGUAUGGCCAGCUUUCUACAGCAGAAGUUUUUGUUUUGAUAGUCAUUAAUAAAAGAACGGCGAAAUAAUGUGCUCACUCACUGCAAGCACCGGACAAGAUACGAUGAUGUGAUUUCGAAAAAAGGUAAUCAAGCACUCUUGCAUCAAAGCACCCAAUGUAUCAGAUGAAAGCACACCCAAACACUUAUUUGCCGUGCAAACAUUGCGUAAAACAUGCCGAUAGUGAAAGAGAAAACUAUGCAAAAUGACUUGCAGAGUGCGUUUGAAAUGAACUUACGGAGAAAAUCCAGCAGAACAAUUUCGUCCAAUCUUGCUAGUGCUGAAACCCACGAUACCAUUUCACUUCACGAGCUUCCAAACGACGGCGAUUCAACGGACCAACUUCAUCAACCCUUAUCAGCCGCCACGGCAUCUGUCGCAUCGGCGGAGUGCGUAGCAGAGCAAAAGGAAAACAAGGAAAGCAUCGAAAUCAGAACGAACGAGUUUCAAGUGCAAAUCAAAUUACACAUAGCUAAAAUUGUGGCCAUACGUGAAACAAAGAUCAAUGCAAACGAUGAUAAAAUUAUUCAAAUAGGUUUAUCGCACUUCAAAGCCGACAGCGGCGCAAUGACGGCUAGUGGGCUGGUGCAGCUCAUGAGCAAGGCCCGUGCACAUCUGUCCCAGGAGCGUCGAAAACUGUUGCUAGCAAUGAGACGAUCGCAACGCUAUCAGGCACAAAACAUGCAGCUCGAUAGUCUGAUGCAAGACGCAACCCUUGAACAGUACUCCGAACUGAAGGCGGAAGUGAAUCGUAUCGGCGAAAAACUUGAGGAAGCUAACAAGCGCAUGAACAGUUCGAGGCAACUGUUUGAAAACGACGUGGCACGCGCUACCCACGUGCGCGAAAAGCUGUUUGAUUCGCAAAAUCAGACUGUGACCAUAAUGCAGGACGUUUCCGAAGUUCAGCAACAUUAUUCUUACUCCAAGCGCACACUUUGCGCAAAACUUCAACGCAAAAAGCAAUUGCGCCGAGAAAACGAGCGUCUCAAGCAGGACAUUCAGUUGCUGAACCUAAUGCCCUGGUACGAGGAAACGAACGAACAGAUUGGUUUCGCCAAAUCCUUGAUCGAAAAAUUCGAAUGAAGCUCUGCUGUACCCCUCCGAAGGUCACCAGCAUUCAAGUAAAAAAAUAAAUUCCUCUUACAAAAAA